AUGGCAGGAAAUGGGCGCUUGAAACCACUCGUCCAGGUUUGGCUCCUUUCGGGGAGGUACUUUGCUGAUGUCGAUGCUCCACUGGACCCUGAACGGGGUUUGAUCUCAUUUCCGCCAGGAGGAGAGGCUGAUGUUGCUGUUCAAAAGGCCUGUGGAGCACACGAGGCUCGCAUUUUGGCCUCGAUAAGGAAUGCCACCUUUGGUCACGUCGAGCGCUUGUUUCGUAAACUGGAGCGAAAAGCCUUGACAUUAGCCUCAGCGGGGGCACUUGACAUGCAGCUAGGAACUGGGGAUAGAAGCUCACGAGACGAUUGGACCAAAUGGUAUGCUUCAGGUCCCUGUAUACCUGUCAAGACGUGCUUUAUCGUCUCUGCAGUAAAUGGCAAGUCGAGAGAACGUAAAGCCAUUCAAAUCGAAGUGAGAGGCGAGCAGACCCAUUUUGGACACAUGAUCUUUUCGUCGGGCUUCGUUCCCUACAGAAACGGAAUGCCAGGUUAUCAUACUUCGGCCCCUCUAGAGCUAAAGACCUUAGGAUGCCCUGAACUUGAGGAGCGCAUCCAGGUCCCACAGGACCCCCGAAAACCAGCUGAGAGUGACCUCCGUGCCAAGCCAAAAAUCGAUACCCGGAUUUUGGAACAGACCUCAAAGUCACGAAAACUCAUCUGA